AUGUCUGUCCAGAACGGUGAUGCCGUUCACGAAAACCAAUUUGCUACUCGUCCACUAGUAAUAUCCAUCGCAAAUAUUAGAGUCUCCAUUCCCGUCUCUACCCAAAUAGACGAGUGGAUCGCUGCUGAAGUCCUUAGGGAUGACUUCAUCUCGUCGCAACAGCGCGUCGAUGUCGUAGACACCGUCGCCGACCCGGAACGCCCAUUACAGGCCCACGUAGAUCUCUUUGCACGUUUCCUCGCUUUCAUUGCACAGAGGACUUCCGAUGCAUCAGACUGCACAAAGGCACGCACCUCUCUGCUCAAUCGCGUGUUCACGCAUUUCGUCUCCUCAUAUAUUACCGAUACCGACCUCUUCUCUUUUGUAAACCCGUUCGAUGCCGAGGUCCGCACUGGAAUCCUUGCAGCUUACUUUGCUGCACGUGCUACCCUAGAGAACUAUAAUAUUGCAGAUAUCCCCGGUCCACCUGCUUCCGCUCUCCUCACAGCUGUUGAUGACGCCGAAGCAUCAAUAUAUGCGCUUUUUGGUGGUCAAGGGACCAACGAGGUCUACUUUGACGAGCUUCAGUCGCUGUACGAUAUUUACAAGCCUUACGUUUCUUCAAUAAUUGCUUCCAUCACGGAUGACAUUCUCCUUCCCCUUGUUGCAUCCCAUGAGGGUUGUAGCUUUUACAAUUAUGGUUUGAACGUCGCAGCAUGGCUCGCAGGCACAUCUCCUCGUCCGCCUCUCGAAUAUCUUGCCUCCAUCCCAGUCUCGCUUCCCUUGAUUGGUCUCACUCAGCUAGUGCAGUACCUUGUCAUCUGUCACGUCUCCGGGUUCACUCCCGGCGAGCUUCGUGAUCAUUUCGCCGGUGCAACUGGCCAUUCGCAGGGCGUUGUUUCUGCCAUCGCCAUUUCUGCGUCUACAUCCAUCGAAUCAUUUAAUAUCAACGCCAAGAAAGCCCUCCGAUGGCUCUUCUUUUGUGGUCUGCGCGGGCAGGAAGCCUUCCCCGUGCUCGCCCUAGAACCAAGCAUCGUUCAAGACUGCAUCGAUGGAGGCGAGGGUGACCCCACGCCUAUGCUUUCGGUCACAAACCUGUCCCUCGCUGUGCUGCAGCCCCACAUCGAUACUACAAACGAUCAUUUACCUGCUAAUGCGCAGAUUGCUGUCUCCCUGUUCAAUGGUCCCAGAAACUUCGUUGUGACUGGUCCUCCACGUUCUCUGUGUGGGCUCGUCACGAACUUGAGGAAAGUACGUGCACCUUCUGAGCUUGACCAGAGCAAGGUUCCGUUUUCGCAACGGAAACCCGCGUUCGGUGUCCGAUUUUUGGUGGUGAAUGCCCCGUACCACAGCGCGCAUUUGAAGGGUGCUGCCGAGAAGUUGUGUGAUGAAGAUCUUGAAGGCGAGGAGCUUUGGACCAAGGAAGAAUUGGGUAUUCCAGUAUUCAACACCGAAGAUGGUUCCGAUAUGCGUACUUUGGAGACAUCUAUCACGCGUUCGUUAUGCGAUCAGAUCUUUACAUCCCCCAUUCACUGGACCCUUGCAACUGGUUUCCCUGAGACCGCGACGCACGUCAUCGACUUUGGUCCUGGUGGCCUGAAUGGCAUUGGGCCUCUCACAGCUCGUAAUCUGGAAGGUCGCGGCGUGCGCGUUGUCACGCUAGGCGAUAAGGGCCGCGGCGAGGCGGAACUCUUUGAUGUUGAAGAAGUCAAGUACGAGGAGUGGUGGAGCAAGAAGUACGCGCCAAAACUUGUGAAGACAAGCGAUGGUACCAUCCACCUUGACACGCCGUUCUCGCGCCUGCUCGGGAAGCCUCCGAUUAUGGUCGCUGGUAUGACACCCACAACCGUGAAAGCGGGCUUCGUCUCUGCGGUCCUCUCUGCAGGGUAUCACAUCGAGCUGGCAGGUGGAGGUCACUACAACCCUGCAGCAUUGCGUGCAAAAGUUGCCGAAAUUCAAGCACAAAUUCCUACAGGCGUCGGUCUCACGCUCAACGCCCUCUACAUUAACCCCCGUCAAUUCGGCUUCCAGUUCCCCUUAUGGCAAGAAAUGCGUCGUGAGGGCUUGCCUAUCGAAGGUUUCUGUGUUGCUGCCGGCAUUCCCAGCACUGAGAAAGCAGUGGAGAUUAUUGAUGGAUUGAGGAAGGCUGGUAUCCGGCACGUAUCAUUCAAGCCGGGCUCGGUGGAUGGCAUCAGGCAGGUCGUCAAUAUCGCGAAGUCCAACCCUGAUUUCCCUAUCAUACUUCAAUGGACGGGAGGCCGUGCCGGUGGUCACCACUCAUACGAAGACUUUCAUAUGCCCGUGCUGAAAACAUACAGUGCCAUGCGUGCGCAGGAGAACUUGAUUCUUGUCGGCGGUUCCGGAUUCGGAGGUGCUGAUGAUGUGUGGCCAUACCUCACUGGUGAUUGGUCAAAGGACCUCUACGGCCAGCAGCUCAUGCCAUUCGACGGUUUUCUAUUCGCGUCGCGUGUGAUGGUGGCCAAGGAAGCGCACACGAGUUCCAGUGUGAAGGAUCUCAUCGUUAAAGCGCCUGGUGUGGACGACAAGCAAUGGGAAAACACGUACGCGAAGCCUGCCGGCGGGAUCUUGACGGUGCGCUCGGAGCUGGGCGAGCCUAUCCACAAGGUCGCCACGCGCGCUGUGAAGCUCUGGAAGGAGUUUGAUGACACCGUCUUCAAGCUCCCGAAGGAGAAGCGCGGCCCUUGGCUCGCUGAGCGCAAAGCGGAGAUCAUCGGUAAGUUGAAUGCAGACUUUGCGAAGCCGUGGUUCGGUUGGAAGAAGGAUGGCAGCGUUGCCCUCGAUCUGGGCGACAUGACAUAUGAAGAAGUCGCUCUACGUAUGGUCCGUCUGAUGUACGUCUCGCAUCAGAGUCGGUGGAUCGACUUGAGCUUGAGAAACUUGACGGGUGAUUGGUUGAGGCGCGUGGAGGAGAGAUUUGCAGGUGUCCAUGGGGGGUUGAAGUCCAGUGUGCUGCAGAGCUUUACAGAGCUGGACGAUCCCAGCAAGUUCGUGGAGUUCUUCUUUGACAAGUAUCCUGCCUCGAAGAUUCAGUUGCUCGCCGCUGAGGACCGUGCAUACUUUCUCACCAUCUCUCAGCGCGCGGGCCAGAAGCCUGCCCCCUUCAUUCCGAUUUUGGACAGUAGCUUCGAGGUGUGGUUCAAGAAGGAUUCGCUUUGGGCUGCUGAGGAUAUCGAAGCGGUGUUUGACCAGGACCCGCAGCGUGUGUGUAUUCUUCAAGGCCCCGUUGCCGUCAAGUACUCCACAGUCAAAGACGAGCCCAUCAAGGACCUUCUUGGCAACAUCACUUCCUGCCUCGUUGAGAAGCUACUCGAGCGUUCCUACGGUGGAGACGUUUCUAAGGUGCCAACUGUUGACUACCUUGCUCCUGUCCCAGAGGAAGCCGAGACUCCUGAUGGCGUUGCGUAUGAAGAAACCACGAAGAGCGUGACUUAUACUAUUGGUGAUGUGAUCCCAGACACGAAGGAGUGGUUGCAGGCGCUGUCCGGCUCAGAGCUGAGCUGGCUCAAGGCGUUGUUGACAUCUGACACAAUCGUUCAAGGCACUGCAUACAUCGACAACCCGCUCCAACGCGCGCUUGCGCCGAGAUAUGGGCAGAAGGUGGUCAUUGGCAUGGACAAAGGCUCGCCAACAUCUCUGACCUUCUACGGUGCUGGUCGCUCGCAUGGCACGCACAAGUCCGAAUUCAAGGCUGUUGAGAUCCACUACACUGCAUCCUCCAAGCUCAUUGAUGUCACUUUCUAUGAGGACAGGCGCGAUGUAUCCGUGCCCCUUGCUUUGCAAUUCAAAUACGUAUCAUCUACAGGCGCGAUCCCAAUCCAUGAGGUCGCAGUCGGUCGCAAUCGUCGCAUCAAAGAGUUCUACUGGAAGCUGUGGUUCGGUGACGAUGAAGAAAUGCCCGAGAUUGAUAUUCGUGAGACGUUCAUAGGCCCUGAGGUCACGAUUUCUGCGGAGGAUGUGGGGAUGUUUUGUGGUGUUGUUGGUAACCAGAAUGAAGCGUUUAAGACGGCGCGCACGGAGAUUGUCAAGGCUCCGAUGGACUUUGCGAUUGUGACUGGGUGGCAGGCAAUUAUGAAGGCGAUUUUCCCUGUGUCCAUUGAUGGGGAUCUCCUGAAGUUGGUCCACCUCUCGAAUGGCUUCCGCCUCGUUCCUGGCGCAACGCCCUUGGUUGCUGGCGAUGUCUGCAUUGCUGACGCGCGCAUUUCGUCGGUUAAGAACACGGAUGCUGGCAAGGUCGUGAAGGUAAAGGGACAUGUGUUCCGUGAUGGAAAGCCUGUCAUCGAGGUCGUUUCGUCGUUCCUUUACCGCGGCCGUUUCAUCGAUUUCGAGAAUACUUUCGAGACCAUCAACGAGCCUGACUACGUCGUGGAGAUUGCCAAUGAUGCUGAUGUCGGCGUCAUGCAGUCUAAGGAGUGGCUGAGCUGGGAGGAUGAGUCGACGCCUCUCAAGGCUGGCAUGACCCUCGUUUUCCGAGUACAAUCGCAGGUUACGUUCAAGGACAAAACCACUUACCGGGAUGUCACAGUCUCUGGUGACGUGUUCAUGCGCGAUCAGCUCAAGCGUUUGAAGAAAGUCGCGUCAGUGGAGUUCGAGCAAGAAGGAUGCCACGGAAACCCUGUCGUUGCCCAUCUCGAGCGUCGUGGCACUCAGGAAGGCCGUCUCACUCAACUCACCAAUGAGGGGUACACAAUGUCCAGCAAGGUCUCUACCACAUUCAAUUCUCCUCUUGCAAACGAACCAUACUCGAAGGUCUCGGGUGAUUUCAAUCCUAUCCAUGUCAAUCCUUAUUUCGCAGACUAUGCAUCGCUUCCUGGUACCAUCACCCAUGGCAUGUGGUCAAGCGCUGCGACGCGCCGUUAUGUCGAAAAUAUUGUUGCGGAAGGCAAUCCUGAUCGUGUCGUUGCAUAUGAUGUCUCCUUCGUCGGCAUGAUCUUACCUGGCGAUGAGCUGAAGGUCAACAUCCGCCACGUUGGCAUGCGCGAUGGCAACAUGGUCGUCAAGGUUGAAACAUUGAACCAGCGCGAAGAGAAGGUCCUCGAGGGAACUGCAGAGGUCGCACAGGCUACCACCGUCUACGUCUUCACCGGCCAAGGCUCACAGGAACCUGGCAUGGGGAUGGAUUUGUACAACAGCUCCUCCGCUGCUCGCUCGGUGUGGGAAGGAGCCGAUGCGCACUUGCUCGCCGUGUAUGGCUUCUCCAUCGUCGAGAUCGUCAAGGACAACCCAAAGGAAAAGACCAUUCACUUUGGUGGUAUCAAGGGUCAGGCAAUCCGCCAGAGGUAUAUGGACAUGACCUACGACACCAUGGACAAGGACGGCGUCGUCAAAACUCAUCCCCUCUUCGCCGACAUUGACAUUCGUACCCCGAAAUACACCUUCAGCCACCCCAGUGGUCUCCUUUUUGCUACUCAAUUCGCACAGAUUGCGCUCGUGGUGACUGAGAAGGCUGCAUUCGAAGACAUGCGCGCCAAGGGCUUCGUCCAGAAGGACUGCGCAUUUGCCGGACACUCACUUGGUGAAUACUCUGCUCUUGCCUCCAUGGCUGAUGUCCUCCAUAUAUCCGCUCUUGUCGAUGUCGUUUUCUACCGUGGGAUCACGAUGCAGCGGGCCGUCGAGCGUGAUGCUCACAACCGCUCUAACUAUGCUAUGUGUGCUGUCAACCCCAGCCGUAUCUCGAAGACUUUUACCGAUGCAGCACUUCGUGAGGUCGUCGAUACCAUUUCCACUCGUACGAGCACAUUACUCGAGAUCGUCAACUACAACGUCGAGGGUCAACAAUAUGUUUGCGCUGGAGAGCUUCUAGCUCUUCAGACGAUGACCAACGUCUUGAACUACCUGAAAGUCCAGAAGAUCGACAUUCACAAGCUGACUGAACAAUUCACCGUCGAGAAGGUCAAGGAGAUGCUUGGGGACAUCGUGAUGGAGUGCUUCGAGCACGCCAAGGAGCAGCAACGAGCAGAAGGCUACAUCAAACUUGAGCGUGGCUUUGCAACCAUUCCUCUACCUGGUAUAGAUGUGCCCUUCCACUCUCGUUACCUCUGGGCUGGUGUCAUGCCUUUCCGUGCAUACCUCUCGAAGAAGAUCAACCCGUCGCUUCUUAACCCUGACAUGCUCAUCGGAAAAUACAUCCCGAACUUGGUUGCCAAGCCAUUCGAUAUCACGCGCGAGUACGCGCAGCUCAUCUAUGACCAGACGUCUUCGCCCCGUCUCGACAAGGUUCUCAAGAAGUGGGAUCAGGACGAUUGGACAUCCCCUGAGCAGCGUCAGAAGCUUGCAUACACCAUCCUCGUUGAACUCCUCUCGUACCAAUUCGCAUCUCCGGUCCGAUGGAUUGAAACCCAGGACUUGUUGUUCACUCAGUAUCACUUCGAACGUUUCAUUGAGCUUGGUCCAUCACCUACGCUUACUGGCAUGGCCACCCGCACUCUCAAGGCCAAGUAUGAGCCGCAAGAUGACGCCGUGAGCCGCAAGAGAAUCAUCCUUUGCCAUGCCAAGAAUGUCCGCGAGAUCUACUACCAGUUUGAAGAUGAAGUUGCCGCGACUCCUGCUGCUGCUGAAGCUCCUGCAGAGUCUACGCCUGCUCCCGCAUCUCCUAUCGCCGCUCCCACGCCUGUCGCAGCUUCACCUUCGGCUGGUCCUGCUGCCUCCAUUGAGGACGCCCCCAUCAAGGCCAACGAUAUUCUCAUGUCCAUCAUUGCACAGAAGCUCAAGAAGAAGGUUGAGGAGGUUCCUACGAGCAAGACCAUUAAAGAUCUCGUCGGCGGCAAGUCAACUCUUCAGAACGAGAUUCUCGGCGACUUGCAACUUGAGUUUUUAUCUGCGCCAGAGAAGGGUGAAGAGUUGCCUUUGGAAGAGCUAGGUUCUGCUCUCAGCGUCGGUCACUCCGGUGCUCUCGGCAAGUACACUUCGGGCUUAGUGUCCCGUAUGAUCGGUGGCAAGAUGCCUGGUGGCUUCAACUCGUCUGCCAUCAAGACCCACUUAGCAAAGACUUGGGGACUGGGAUCGUCACGCGCUGACGGCGUCCUUCUACUCGGAACCACGAUGGAGCCUGCCAAACGUCUCUCUUCGGAGACUGAGGGCAAGGCUUGGCUUGAUACUGUUGUCGCUAUCUAUGCUCAGCGUUCUGGGAUCUCUCUCUCCAGUGGAGGUGCUGGAGGUGCCGGUGGUAGUUCCGGGGGUGGUGGGACCAUCAACAGCGAGGAGUUCCUGAAGUUCCGCGCUGAACAGGAGCAAUUUGCUGCUCAGCACGUUGAACUUUAUAUGCGUUAUCUGAACAAGGACUCUCGUGCCGGGGAGAUUGCGUUUGACAAGGAGAAAGCCAACUCUGUUCAAUUGCAAGCUCGCUUGGAUUCCAUUAUGAAGGAGCACGGCGACGCAUACAUUGACGGUAUUCAACCUGUUUUCGACCCGCUUAAGGCUCGCCACUUCGACUCUUCAUGGAACUGGGUGCGACAAGAUGCUCUCCUGAUGUACUAUGACAUCAUUCAUGGCCGGCUCACUACCGUCGACCGCGAGCUUACUGCCCGCUGCAUCGCUCUACUCAACCGCGCCGAUCCCGAACUUCUCACUUAUAUGCAGUACAACAUCGAUCGUUGCGAUGCUAGCAAGGGUGAUACCUAUGUUCUUGCUAAGCAGUUUGGCCAACAGCUCAUCGACAACACGAAGGAAGUGAUCGACCACCCUCCGGUGUACAAAGACGUGACAUUCCCCACUGCUCCUCAUACUGAAGUCACAGAGAAAGGUGAUAUUGUCUACUCCGAAGUCGUCCGGGAGAAUGUUCGUAAGUUGGAAGCUUAUGUCGAGGAGAUGGCCAGUGGAGACACCAUUUCCACCAUAAACAUCCAGAAGGUGCAAGACGAUGUUUUGAAGUUAUGGACCGUAGUUAGAUCCCAACCCGGUAUCAGUCAAGACCAGAAGAACCGUAUCAAAGCGUUAUACGAGGGAGUCGUUCGUUCCCUCAGAAAGGGUCCCGAACAAAUUCGCACACGCACUCGCAGCCGUCGCUCAUCUUCCCAAUUCCUUCGUCCGCAGAUCACCGCUGCCACUACCGUGUCCGCAGACAAGGUCCCCCUUCUCCAUCUCAAACGCAAGGUGGGCAGCAACUGGGAGUACUCCAGCAACUUAACUGGCGUGUACCUCGACAUUCUUCACGAGAUUGCAACCUCGGGCACUACCUUCAAAGACAAGAACGCUCUUCUCACUGGUGUCGGCAAGGGCUCCAUUGGUGUAGAGAUCAUGAAGGGUCUUCUGUCGGGCGGUGCACAUGUCGUCAUCACUACCUCCCGCUAUAACCGAGCGACCGUGGAGUACUACCAAUCUAUCUACCAGAGCUUUGGCGCUCGAGGAUCAGCUCUCACUGUUGUUCCCUUCAACCAAGGUUCGAAGCAGGAUGUUGAAGCACUUGUCGACUACAUCUAUGCUACGCUCGGUCUCGAUCUCGACUACAUACUUCCCUUCGCUGCAGUGCCCGAAAAUGGCCGUGAGAUUGACGGCCUGGAUGACAAGUCUGAGCUUGCCCACCGCAUCAUGUUGGUGAACUUGCUGCGCGUUCUUGGCGCAGUCAAGAACAAGAAGGCUUCUCGUCACUUCGUCACCAGACCAACGCAAGUCAUUCUUCCCCUGUCUCCUAAUCACGGUCUUUUCGGCAAUGACGGUCUCUAUUCGGAGUCUAAGAUAUCUUUGGAGACUUUGUUUAACCGCUGGAACUCGGAGAGUUGGGGCGAGUAUCUGUGCUUGGCUGGUGCUGUUAUCGGAUGGACCCGCGGUACAGGUCUCAUGGACGCUACCAACAUUGUCGCGGACGAGGUUGAGAGUCACGGUGUCCGUACCUUCUCGGCGAAGGAGAUGGCGUUCAAUAUCCUGGGCUUGAUGCACCCAUUGCUCUUCAGUAUUACCCAGGUUGAGCCCAUCUGGGCCGACCUCAAUGGUGGCAUGGAUCGUCUCCCUGACCUCGCUGAUAUCACAAGCCGCAUUCGCAUGAAUUUGAACAAGAAGAGUGAACUUCGUCGCGCUAUUGCGCGUGACAAUGCUCUUGAUUUCAAGGUCAUCAAUGGAGCGGAGGGUGAACGUGUUCUGCAAACUGUUAAUGUGGUCCCGCGAGCCAACUUCACAUUCGAAUUCCCUGCCCUGGAAUCUACUUCAUCCCUACGCGAUCUCGAGAAACUCCGUGGCAUCAUCGAUCUGGAGAAGGUUGUCGUCAUCACUGGAUUCGCCGAGGUCGGUCCUUGGGGUAGUUCACGUACUCGCUGGGAAAUGGAGGCACGAGGAGAGUUCACGAUUGAGGGCUGUAUUGAGAUGGCCUGGCUCAUGGGUUAUAUCAAGCACUUCGAUGGGCGUCUCAAGGACGGUUCACUGUAUGUUGGCUGGGUUGAUUCCAAGACUGGUGAGCCUGUCGACGACAAGGACGUCAGAAGUCGCUACGAGAAGGAGAUUUUGAGUCAUGCUGGUGUGCGGUUGAUUGAGCCCGAGCUGUUCCGCGGCUACGAUCCCAAGAAAAAGGUCUUCAACCAAGAGAUCGAGCUUAUUCAUGACUUAGAACCAGUCGAAGUUGCGCAAUCUGAAGCCGAGAAAUUCAAGUACGAACAUGGCGACAAAUGCGAUAUCUGGACCGGAGAAGGUGACCAGUGGUUUGUCAAAUUCAAGAAGGGCGCGCGCGUUUUUGUCCCCAAGGCGUUCAAGUUUAGUCGUCUUGUUGCUGGUCAAAUUCCCACCGGAUGGGAUGCUGGCCGCUAUGGUAUUCCACCAGAUAUCAUCGCUCAAACAGAUCGCGCCACUCUCUGGGCCCUUGUCUGCACUGCUGAGGCUCUGAACAUGUCCGGAGUCACCGAUCCCUACGAACUAUACAAGUACUUCCACCCCUCUGAAGUUGGCACGUGCGUCGGCAGCGGCAUGGGCGGCACUGAAAGUCUUGCACAGAUGUUCAAAGACCGCCGUGAAGAGAAAGACGUCCAGAACGACAUCUUGCAGGAGACUUUUAUCAACACUACUGCUGGAUGGAUAAACCUUCUUCUGAUGUCUUCUAGCGGUCCAGUGAAGAUUCCUGUUGGCGCUUGCGCGACUGCACUCCAAUCUCUCGAGAUCGCUUCUGAUACGCUGUUAUCUGGGAAGGCGAAGGUCAUGAUUGCUGGUGGAUUCGACGACAUCAGCGAGGAAGGCUCUUAUGAGUUCGCCAACAUGAAGGCCACGAGCAACGCCGAGACUGAGUUCGCCAUGGGACGUGAGCCCACUGAGAUGUCCCGUCCUGCUACAACCACUCGCUCAGGUUUCAUGGAGUCUCAAGGGACUGGUAUACAUAUCAUCAUGACUGCAAAGACAGCCUUGGAAAUUGGUGCUCCUAUCCGUGGUAUUCUGGCAUUCACAUCGACUUCCACUGACAAGGCUGGACGAUCUAUCCCAGCUCCUGGUCGCGGUGCUCUUUCUGUUGCAAGGGAACUCCCAUCGAAGUACCCCCUUCCUAGUCUCAGUCUCGAUUACCGAUCUCGCCAGAUCGCCUUCAGACGCAAGCAAAUCUCCGAGUGGCUUGAUCACGAGCUUGCUCAGCUGCGGGAGGAGAUGGAUGCUCUCGAGGCCGAUGGCAGGGAUGUUGACAAGGAAUACUUCUCCUCUCGCGUUGCCGAUAUUGAGAAGGAAGCUCGCGGCCAAGAGAAGGAGGCCUUGGCUACGUAUGGCAUGCUAGAGGGUACCGAUGCUCGUGUGGCUCCUAUGCGCCGUGCGCUCGCCGUGUGGGGCUUGACAGCAGAUGACAUUGGUGUCCUCUCGAUUCAUGGAACGAGUACCGGUGCGAAUGAGAAGAACGAGACGCAGAUCUGGCACAACAUCUUCGAGUCCAUGUCACGCACCCACGGCAAUGCUGUUCCUGUUAUUGCUCAGAAGAGCUUGCUUGGACACUCGAAGGGUGGUUCAGCGGCGUGGCAGAUGGCAGGUUUAUUGCAGACUGUCAUCACUGGUGUUAUCCCAGGUAACCGCAACAGCGACAACAUCGAUGCCCGAUUCGAAGCUCACCACUUCCUCAUGUUCCCAUCGAGGUCUAUUCAUACUGAUGGUAUCCGCGCUGGUGUCAUGUCAUCCUUCGGUUUCGGUCAAGUCGGAGGCACCGCAGUUGUUGUUCAUCCCCGUUAUCUCUUCGGUGCCCUUGAAACCUCCGAUUAUGAAUCGUACAAGAUACGCAACCAGUCCCGUGCGCAAGAGGCAUACAAGGUUAUGACCGAGAUGAUGACCUCCAACACCCUUGUCAAGAUUAAGGAAGGCCCGCCGUACAGUCCCGAGUUGGAGCAGGCGGUUCUCAUGAACCCCAUGGCUCGUGCUACCUUCAAUCCGAAGACUCGCAGCUACUCGUAUACCACCAACCUUGAUAAGAGCAUUCCGUUUGAUACUGCCAACGCCAAGGUUGUUGCAGAUGCUCUUGCGUCAAAGGGAUCUGUAGCAGGAGUCGGUGUCGAUCAAGAGCUGAUCUCUUCCGUGCCGUCCUCUAGCCCUUGUUUCGUCGAACGCAACUUUACUGAGGCUGAGAUUGCCUACUGCCGCGCCCAACCGUCACCUCCGUCUUCCUUCGCAGCUCGAUGGGUGGGAAAGGAAGCAGUGUUCAAGUCGCUUGGUGUACCGUCAAAGGGCGCUGCCGCUGCAAUGAAGGACAUUGAGAUCCUGCCCAACGAGUCUGGCGUUCCGACUGUAACUCUUCACGGCAACGCGAAAGCUGCUGCACAGGGUAAAGGGAUCACUAAUGUAUUGGUAUCCUUGAGUCAUUCUGAGACCGUUGCUAUCGCUUUCGCUCAAGCUUCAUCAUAG